ACUUGGUGAGAUAACCAGAGUCUAGCUCCUUUGGUUUCUCUGUUUCUUCUUCCUCAGAUCAAAAAAGGAGCGUCUCCCUCCAGUGUUCUCAGAAUCUUCGAAAAUGCUGGGUAGGCUUGCAGCGAAGCGUCUUCUCGAGAUCCGUCAAGCUUUCCGUCAACCACCAACUCAGGUGUCUCGUAGCUUUUCAACAGCCUUAAAUUACCACCUGGAUUCUCCUGAUAACAAACCGGAUCUUCCUUGGGAGUUUUCUGAGGCCAACAAAUCUAAGGUUAAGGAGAUACUCUCUUACUAUCCAUCAAACUACAAGCAGUCUGCAGUGAUCCCUCUUCUAGAUCUUGCACAACAACAGCAUGGUGGCUGGCUCCCUGUUUCAGCAAUGAAUGCCGUGGCGAAAGUUAUAGACGUUGCUCCUAUCCGUGUUUAUGAGGUUGCAACAUUUUACUCAAUGUUCAACAGGGCAAAGGUCGGAAAGUACCACCUGCUAGUUUGUGGCACAACACCUUGCAUGAUCCGUGGUUCACGAGAUAUUGAAUCAGCUUUGCUAGACCAUUUGGGAGUUAAACGCGGUGAGGUCACAAAGGAUGGUUUGUUCUCUGUUGGAGAGAUGGAAUGCAUGGGAUGCUGUGUGAAUGCGCCCAUGAUUACUGUGGCUGAUUAUUCCAAUGGAUCGGAAGGAUAUACAUACAACUAUUUCGAAGACGUUACACCUGAGAAAGUUGUAGAGAUCGUUGAGAAGCUGAGAAAAGGAGAAAAACCACCGCAUGGAACUCAAAACUCGAAGAGGAUCAAGUGUGGACCUGAAGGAGGAAACACUACGCUGCUAGGGGAGCCAAAGCCACCACAGUUCCGUGAUCUUGACGCUUGCUAAGCUAAGUUCUUUAAACCGCUGGUUCUCUGUGGUUCAAUAAUGCAGAAAGGCUAUAGUGAUGUUUGAAGCCUAUAGCAUGAAGUUGAGUUUGCAUACUCUUUGUCAUCAUUUUAAACGAAUGGCCAAAAGCAUCUUCUUUUGUCAUCAUCAUCUUACUUCGAAGACUUUUAUGAAAUU